UGAGUAGUAUGGUCAGUGCUGGAGUGAUGAGUGGUACUGGAAACCUGAUGGAUUUUCUCGACGAGCCAUUCCCUGAUGUGGGGACAUACGAGGACUUCCACACCAUUGACUGGUUACGAGAGAAGUCACGGGACACGGACCGACACAGAAAGAUAACCAGCAAAAGCAAGGAGUCCAUAUGGGAGUUUAUCAAGAGCUUGCUGGACGCCUGGUCAGGAUGGCUUGUGAUGCUGCUCAUCGGCUUACUGGCAGGCACCUUGGCUGGGGUCAUCGACCUUGCCGUUGACUGGAUGACAGACUUGAAGGAGGGUGUCUGCCUGUCAGCCUUCUGGUACAGCCAUGAGCAGUGCUGCUGGACUUCCAACGAGACCACGUUUGAGGACCGGGACAAGUGUCCCCUUUGGCAGAAAUGGUCAGAGCUCCUGGUGAAUCAGUCAGAGGGCGCCAGCGCUUACAUUCUGAAUUACCUAAUGUACAUCCUGUGGGCCCUGCUCUUUUCCUUUCUGGCGGUCUCCCUGGUGCGGGUAUUUGCACCCUACGCCUGCGGCUCUGGAAUACCAGAGAUAAAGACCAUCUUGAGUGGCUUCAUUAUUCGGGGCUACCUGGGCAAGUGGACUCUGCUGAUCAAGACUGUCACCCUGGUGCUGGUCGUGUCCUCUGGCCUGAGCCUUGGCAAGGAGGGGCCCCUGGUGCAUGUGGCUUGCUGCUGUGGCAACUUCUUCAGCAGCCUUUUCUCAAAGUACAGCAAGAAUGAGGGCAAGAGGCGUGAGGUACUUUCAGCUGCCGCCGCCGCUGGAGUGUCUGUGGCCUUUGGGGCCCCAAUUGGAGGUGUGCUCUUCAGCCUAGAGGAGGUCAGUUACUACUUUCCCUUGAAGACCUUGUGGCGGUCUUUUUUUGCGGCCCUGGUGGCGGCCUUCACACUGCGCUCCAUCAACCCCUUUGGCAAUAGUCGCCUUGUCCUCUUCUAUGUGGAGUACCACACCCCCUGGUACAUGGCCGAACUCUUCCCCUUCAUCUUGCUUGGGGUCUUUGGGGGUUUGUGGGGAACCCUCUUCAUCCGCUGUAACAUCGCCUGGUGUCGGAGGCGCAAAACCACCAAGCUGGGGAAGUACCCAGUGCUGGAAGUGAUCGUGGUCACGGCCAUCACCGCCAUCAUUGCCUACCCCAACCCUUACACACGCCAGAGCACCAGUGAACUAAUUUCUGAGCUCUUCAAUGACUGCGGGGCUCUUGAAUCCUCCCAGCUCUGUGAUUACAUCAAUGACCCCAACAUGACCAGGCCUGUAGACGACAUUCCCGACCGGCCAGCCGGGGUCGGGGUGUACACAGCCAUGUGGCAGCUGGCCUUGGCACUGGUCUUCAAAAUCGUCAUUACCAUAUUCACUUUUGGCAUGAAGAUCCCGUCGGGCCUCUUCAUCCCCAGCAUGGCAGUGGGAGCGAUGGCUGGCAGGAUGGUAGGCAUCGGUGUGGAGCAGCUGGCGUAUCACCACCACGACUGGAUCAUCUUCCGGAACUGGUGCCGCCCUGGUGCUGACUGCGUCACGCCAGGGCUCUAUGCGAUGGUGGGAGCUGCCGCCUGCCUGGGAGGAGUCACCCGGAUGACGGUGUCGUUGGUGGUCAUCAUGUUUGAGUUGACGGGCGGUCUGGAAUACAUUGUGCCCCUGAUGGCGGCUGCCGUGACCAGUAAGUGGGUGGCCGAUGCCUUCGGGAAAGAAGGCAUCUACGAGGCCCACAUCCACCUAAACGGUUACCCAUUCCUCGACGUGAAGGACGAGUUCACCCACCGCACGCUGGCCACCGACGUCAUGCGGCCUCGGCGCGGGGAGCCGCCGCUGGCCGUGCUCACGCAGGACAGCAUGACUGUGGAGGACGUGGAGACGCUCAUCAAGGAGACGGACUACAAUGGCUUCCCUGUCGUGGUGUCCCGAGACUCUGAGCGCCUCAUCGGCUUUGCCCAGAGGAGAGAACUGAUCCUCGCCAUAAAGAAUGCCAGACAGAGGCAGGAGGGCAUCGUGAGCAAUUCCAUCAUGUACUUCACUGAGGAGCCCCCCGAGCUACCAGCCAACAGCCCACACCCCCUGAAGCUGCGGCGCAUCCUCAACCUCAGCCCCUUCACGGUCACCGACCACACCCCAAUGGAGACGGUGGUGGACAUCUUCCGGAAACUGGGGCUCCGGCAGUGUCUGGUGACGCGGAGUGGACGACUUCUUGGCAUCAUCACGAAAAAGGAUGUUCUGAGACAUAUGGCCCAGAUGGCAAACCAGGACCCUGAAUCCAUCAUGUUUAAUUAGCAACACGGUGGCAAUUAUUUCUAGAAAAACACAGCAACAGUAUAAUUUUUAACGAAAUAAACAAAAGAUCCCUUAUUAUCCAAAUGGAAGAUCCUGCACUAAGGUCGUGAAAACAGCAGCUUUGGUCGGAAGGAGAGGGAGACGGAUGAAACCUUUUUUUUUGCUUCUUAAAUACACAUCAAUGAGUAGGCAAUUCUAUAGCUUUAACCCCUUUUGAGUUUCCAGCUGUGGAUCUUAAUGAGUUUACUAAUGCUGUGGGGCAUGCGGGUGGGUGUAAAUGAUGUGGUUUGUGUGAGGACACUGAGCACAGAUGCCGGCUGGAGAAACCUUCCCCCCACCUGCUCAAGGCUGAUAUUUGUCACUUAGGAACACGUGUGAAGCUUUGAGUCCAAAAAACAAAGGGGUCUCGGCGUGUGAGCGUCCUUAUUUAUUAAUUCCUGAAGUUCUGCUGCUAUGUUACUGAAUGAUACGGAAGACAUUUGCAUUGACCUUGUUGGAAAGGAAAAGACAUUAAAUUUGAACGUAGUGAAAGC